AUGGAGUUCCUCCUGCUUCUUUUCUUCAUCUUCAUCUCCAGCAUUACCACAACCUUCUUUGUCUCCUCUGCCCCCGUCCAGUUCACUCCCCCCGACAACUACCUUAUCGACUGCGGCUCCUCCACCACGACCACCCUCCCCGACGGUCGAGUCUUCCUCUCCGACCAACGGUCAGCCAGCUAUCUUUCUUCCAAAGACGACAUCCAAGUUUCCGUCAUUUCUGUUGAUGGCGUCCCUUCCUCUCUUUAUUUCACGGCCAGGAUCUUUGUCCAGAAAGCCACCUAUGCUUUUCGUAUGUCCAGGCCCGGCUGGACUUGGAUCCGUCUCCAUUUCUUCCCCGUCAACAACACCGAAUUCAACCUCCGAAACUCAGCCUUUUCUGUCUCCACCGAUGAUGUUGUCCUCCUCCACAGCUUUAGUGUCAACGACGAUACUGGCUGGGUCAUGAAGGAAUACCUACUUAAUGUCACCACUGAGCGUCUUAGCAUCAAUUUCCUUCCCAUGAAGAACUCCGUUGCCUUUAUCAAUGCUAUUGAGGUGGUAUCGGCUCCGGACAUCUUGAUUUCCGACGUGGGUUCCAUCCUCCCUGCCGGUGAAUUCUCCGGCCUGUCUAAUAAGUCGUACCAGACCUUGUAUCGACUCAACAUGGGUGGACCCAUCAUCACCCCUCAGAACGACACCCUUGGGCGAACUUGGGAUUCCGACCAGAAAUAUCUGAAUCCCAAAGACUUGGCGAAAAGCGUGUCCGUCUCUCCCAGCAUCAUCAACUAUCCCGCUGAAGGCCUGUCACCCUUGAUCGCACCCAACUGGGUCUAUGCGUCCGCUGUUGAGAUGGCCGAUUCGAGUGUUUCAAAGCCUAAUUUCAAUGUAACAUGGAAACUUGACAUCGACCCGGCAUAUGGAUACCUCAUCCGGAUGCAUUUCUGUGAUAUCGUGAGCAAAUCACUGAAUGAUCUCUACUUUAAUGUGUACCUUAAUGAAAAAGCGGCCAUCUCCGGGCUGGAUCUGUCGGCCAUUACAUCGAAUUUGGCGGUACCUUACUACAGAGAUUUUGUUUUCAAUGCUUCCAUGCUAUCGCCCGAGACACUCAUAGUCCAAAUAGGCCCUCUGAAUGAUCACAACACAGGUACAGUUAAUGCAAUCCUCAAUGGUUUGGAGGUGUUGAAGAUGAGCAACUCGGUUGGGAGUUUGGACGGAGAAUUUGGUGUUGAUGGAACCAAAGCGGAUGACGCAUCUAGCAAAGGGGCUGUUGCAGCUGUGGGAUUCGCUAUGAUGUUCGGAGCCUUUGUGGGUCUUGGUGCAAUGGUGAUUAAGUGGUAUAAGAGGCCACAAGACUGGGAGAAGAAGAACAGCUUCUCUUCGUGGUUGCUCCCUCUUCAUGCAGGACAAUCUACCAUCAUGGGGAGCAAGUUAGGGUCUCACAGGAGCAACUUCAACUCAUCGACACUUGGGUUGGGUCGGUACUUCUCGUUGUCGGAGUUGCAGGAGGCAACAGGGAAUUUCGAUCAAAAUGCGGUGAUUGGGGUGGGAGGGUUCGGCAAUGUCUAUCUUGGGAAUCUCGACGAUGGGACCAAGGUGGCGGUAAAGCGAGGGAACCCACAAUCUGAACAAGGUAUCAACGAGUUUCAGACGGAAAUCCAGAUACUGUCCAAGCUUCGGCACAGACAUCUAGUCUCUCUAAUCGGAUACUGUGAAGAGAACUCAGAGAUGAUCUUGGUGUACGAGUACAUGUCAAAUGGACCCUUGAGAGACCAUCUGUAUGGGAAGAACUUGCCACCAUUGUCGUGGAAGCAAAGGCUAGAGAUCUGUAUAGGUGCAGCUCGUGGGCUACAUUACUUGCACACAGGUGCGGCCCAAGGGAUCAUACAUAGGGACGUGAAGACCACCAAUAUAUUAUUGGAUGACAACUUCAUUGCAAAAAUGGCAGAUUUCGGGUUAUCAAAGAAUGCGCCUAAUGCCAUGGAGCAGAACCAUGUAAGUACAGCAGUGAAAGGGAGCUUUGGAUAUUUGGAUCCUGAAUAUUUCAGAAGGCAGCAGCUAACUGAUAAGUCGGAUGUCUACUCUUUCGGUGUAGUGCUAUUGGAGGUUCUGUGCGCAAGGCCAGCCAUUGACCCUGCUCUUCCAAGAGAUCAAGUGAAUCUGGCGGAGUGGGGUUUGCAGUGGAAGAGGAAGGGAUUGCUUGACAAGAUUAUUGAUCCAAGUUUAGUCGGAGUAAUCAAUCCUGAAUCCAUGAAGAAGUUUUCCGAAGCUGCAGAGAAGUGUUUGGCCGACCACGGCGUUGAUAGGCCUACCAUGGGAGACGUGCUUUGGAAUUUGGAGUACGCAUUACAGCUGCAAGAGGCUUCUUCUCAGGGUAAGAUGAUGAUGAUGGAAGAAGAAAAUAAUUAUAAACCAUCAACAGGUGCAGCAGCUAUGCCUGUGGCCGCUGCUACAUCAUCAUUGCCGGCGGUGGUUGUGGUUUCGCAGCAACCCGACCUUCCUUCUAGCCCAGACAAUCGAUCGCUGCUCGAAUCCAACAGCAAUUCUCCAGCACAUGUACAUGCCAUUGAUGAUCAUCCUGGAACUGCAUUGAUCCCUCAGACUCCAGGGAUCAACGGUCGGUAA